AUGCUCUCUCAAAAACAGUCUAAUAACACAUCCAUGUCUUCCUAUAACAUUAUUUUCUUCUUCAUUCUCAUUAGCUUCCUCAGUUUUUCAACUACUGAGGCACAAAACACUCCUGUUUUUCAAUCUUCAACUUGCUUCAGCAAUGAUACGACCUCCGACAACAACAGAAGUGGCUUCCAAUUGGAUCUGAGGAGGAGCCUCCUCGCUUCAUUGUCGUCAAAGGCCACUGAGAAAACACAAUUCUUCAACACCACUGUCACUAGUACAACAGACCCCUCUGACUCCAUCUAUGGCUUGUUCAUGUGCAGGGGUGACAUCGCCUCUCAACUUUGUCAGCAAUGCGUGGUAAAUGCAACACAGCGACUAUCCUCAGAGUGUUCCUUGUCCAAAGAAGCUGUGAUUUGGUAUGACGAGUGUAUGGUUCGCUACUCCAAUCGCUCUUUCUUCUCCACCAUGGAAACAGUGCCGGCAGUUUAUUUGUCAAGCUUCCCUAAUAUCCCAGAACCCGAUCCUGAUACCGGUAUGAGUUUCCUGUUUGACACCAUGAAUUCAACUUCAGAUAAAGCUUGCCGCAGGAAGACAAAGUUUGCCACAAGGGCAGUAGAUAUCCCAGGCCAGCCGUUGCAGACCGUUUACUUUCUAGCACAGUGCACACCAGACUUGUCACCCAGUGAUUGCAGAACAUGUCUAAGUGGGGCGAUAGGAGAACUUCCUAUCUGUUGUGAUAGAAAGCAGGGAGCGAGAGUUCUAUUUCCUAGCUGUAACAUUAGGUACGAAUUGUUCCCUUUCUAUCGCAAUGCCAUUUUACCACCAAAAGAUGGCGGCGGCGGCGGCUCGUAUAGUAGGUCAGAGAAACCAAGAUUUGAGAAUAACAUUAGGAAUGAAUUUUUGUUCCCUAUCUAUGUUCGCAGCUUAUGCACAAGUGACCAAUCCUCCCCUGAUUUAUCUUUCCAAAACGACACCAAGACCCUUCUCUCUCAUUUUUCUUCCAACGCCACCAGAUAUGACGGCCUGAAAAAUUAUUAUGGUGAUGUGAACGGCAAGGUAUAUGGCCUCUUCAUGUGCCGGGGCGAUGUUCCCACUGACCUGUGCGGACAAUGCAUCAUAAACGCAACACAUCAAAUAUCCUCAGAGUGUCAAUCAUCCAAAGAGGCUAUAAUAUGGUACAGGCAAUGCAUGCUUAGAUAUUCCAACCAGAAUUUCCUUUCCAAAAUGGAGACAAGUCCUACAUAUUCUGAGCUGAACAUCACUAAAGCUUCCAACCAAAUUAGCGAGUUCGGUUAUCAAUUAUCAAAUAACUUAAAUCGACUCGCAAAAACCACAGGGUACAGUGAUGGAAGAUAUAAAGUGGAAUCACAGAAUUUGAGUGAUGUACAAUCUCUAUAUACUCUUGGCCAGUGCACACCAGAUUUGUCCAGUGUAGAUUGCACGAAUUGUCUGCAAGAUUUGAUUGGAAAAUCAAUUUUCUGGCGUUAUUUGGGAAGUGGAGGGGGAAGAGUUAUGUAUCCCAGCUGCAAUAUGAGGUUUGAAUUGUCCCAAUUUUACAGAAUUGAAGGUCCCAAAGCUCAACCACCCAAUUCACCUCUGAGUCCAUCAGGAUCUACAGGAAAACAAAGUGGCCGACAACGAACAAUUAUUUUAGUUGCUGUGCUUGUGCCUUCAAUUUUAAUUAUUUUAGUGAUGCUCUUUUCCUUUUGUUACUAUGUGCAAAAGAGAAACGCACGAAAGAGACAUCUGACCAUUCUCAGAGAAAAUUUUGGUAAUGAAAGUGCAACUGUAGAGCCAUUACAAUUCGAUUUUGUCGUAAUUCAAGCAGCAACUAACAACUUUUCUGAGGACAAUUACAUUGGCAAAGGCGGAUUUGGAAAGGUUUAUAAGGGUAUUCUUCAUAAUGGACAACAAAUAGCAGUGAAGCGACUUUCAGAAAGUUCUAACCAAGGUGUUGAUGAGUUUAAGAACGAAGUGUUAUUGAUAGCGAAACUUCAACACAAAAAUCUUGUGGCAUUCGUUGGCUUUUGUCUUGAGGAACAAGAGAAAAUACUCAUUUACGAAUAUGUGCCAAACAAGAGCCUUGAUUACUUUUUAUUUGAUUCUCAAGUUGAACAUCCAUUAAGUUGGGAUGAACGUUAUAAUAUUAUUGGAGGGAUUGCUCGAGGAAUUGUUUAUUUACAUGAGCAUUCGAGGCUUAAAGUCAUACACCGUGAUCUGAAACCCAGCAAUGUUUUGUUAGAUGAAAAUAUGAUUCCAAAAAUUUCAGAUUUUGGUUUGGCUAGAAUUGUUGAAAUAAAUCAAGACCAAGAGAAUACAAAUAGGAUUGUUGGAACAUAUGGCUAUAUGUCUCCAGAAUAUGCAAUGCUUGGGGAAUUUUCAGAUAAAUCAGAUGUUUUCAGUUUUGGAAUCAUGAUUUUAGAGAUUGUUACAGGGAAAAAGAAACUAAGUUCUUAUGAACCACAUCCUAUUGCAAAUGGUCUCUUGAGUUAUGUAUGGAGAGAAUGGAAGGAUCAAACACCUUUAAGUGUAUUGGACCAAAAUAUCAAAGAAAAUUACUCUCAAACUGAAGUCAUGAAAUGCAUUCAAAUUGGUCUAUUAUGUGCUCAACAUAACCCUGAUGCUAGACCUACAAUGGUAGAAGUUGUUUCAUAUCUUGGCAGUUAUUCAGCUAAUAUGCCAACUCCACUAGAACCUACAGUUUUCUUACGCACUAGGAUGGAACCGACAGCAUUUCCAGAAGGAUCAAGUUCUAAACAAUCUGAGAGUGAUUCCAUCAAUGAAAUGUCUAUAAGUUGAAAACAAGUGUAUUUUAGAAUUGCAUUUUAUAUUCUGAGAUCCAGCUGCUCAUUAUAGCACAUUUGUUGAUGCCUCUUGCUUCUAUUCUUCGUUGAGCAAGUAUCUCUUCUCGAUGCUCUGUUUUUCUAUACUCUUCUUGAAGUUGAGACACGUCUCAAGUCUAAUGGAUUCGAGCAAUCUUGGCUUAUAGAAGAGCUUGCAGACGGUCUUAUUAAUAGCAGUGAAAUGUUACAUCUUCCUUGGCAUCCUUGUUGAUAUAUCAUAUAUAUUAGAAAAGUGAUGUUUAGUUAGUUAGCUUUCUAUUUCUAGUUGUAAUUGGUUGCUGAUAUAUAGGUAGCCGUUAGUUUGUUUCACUGACUAAGAAGCAAUGUAAUCACUUCAUGUAUAUAAUCCGUUGUGCUACAAUUCAAUAAACUGAGAAUCAUUUUUAGCUAGCA